AAUAAGAAAGGAAGCGGUGAAAUGGAAAGAGAGAGAAUUUAGAAAAUGAGGAAAGGAAGCAAAGAAGGAAACGUUAGAAAGAAAGAGGAGAGGGAGUGGUGGGAGAAGCAGAGAGAAGAGAGAGAGAAAGCGCAGGAAGGAACCAAAACCCGAUUUCCCAAUUCCCUCCCGAUUCGCUUCCAAUUCAAUUCUAUACGAUACAAAACAAUACAAUUCAAUGGGAUGAAAACAAAAACCGCCCAACAAACUCAAUGAAAUCCACCUCCCUCUCCUCGCCCCACAACACCAACACUCCGCCUAUAUAUACGCGCGUGUGGUGUGAAUAAGAUUCUCACACAAGAGUGAGAGACUCAGCGUUUUAGAGACAUAAAUGGCGAGGUAAGCUCAGAGAGAGCGAGAGAGAGGGAGUGUCUGGGUAGUAGGGCUUGUUUGGGAAUCUUUAGGUUCUUCGGCUGCUGGAUCGGCGGGGAGAUCUCGGAUUUCGCAGGCGGCUUGAUCCGUGCAAGUCUUGGUUACUAUAUAUGCAUGGAACUUUUGCCAUGCAAGGAGGGCCACAGGGGUGGGGACCUUGCGUCUUGAACAGUCGUGGCUAGGAGUCUCCCCAUGCAUGAACUGGGUGUGUGGGUUGGGAGAGAUGCAAUCUCAAUCACUAACCUGCCCCAGGACCAUCCCUAUUUGAACAAUGCCAAGCAAAGAGUCUGCUGACUCGAGUGUUUCUUGCAAUUAUAGAUGCCUGGCUUUUGAGUUUUGAGGUUCACCACUCUUCAAAUUCUGCACUUUGGAGUUUGGACCUGCCUGACUGACCCUGUCCAACCACCCAAAUGCGAUGCCACAUCAAAACUGGCAGGUUUCCUGGGUUUCAAGCAGAUCUUAUCUUCCAUGUGCUUUAAACCAACCAUAGGUGGAGUCCAAAUGGUCCAAGUGCCUAUUGAAUGUCAUCCAAGAGCACCAGUGCCGUUUAGAGACCAGGAAUCUUUAAAGAUGUUCUGGACCACAAGUUGUUUAAAUGGUGUUCAGAUAUUCUCUCGAGGAACCAACUGGGAAAAUGGAAGGAGCAGGUUGUGAAGCACCAGCCACAGCUGGUGUGCAGGGUUGUGGAGUAAAACAGCUUCCAAAAUCCUAUGAUCAAGAGUGUGGGUAUUUACAGAAGGAUUUGGAUCUGUUGGCAAAUUCUCUAUUGGCUAGACAUAAUGGCUCGAAAGAUGUUGAGAAAUGCUUGCUGGACAAGAAGGUGCAUAUUCCUAACAUUGAGAGCAUGAUGCCGAAGAAAAUCAAGCCAAUGAUCAUGGCAAGGUCUGGGGAGAAGUGUGAUGGUCAGGCAUCAGAUGAUAGCUUCCUACCAGGUCUCCCUGAUGAUGCAGCAUUAGAUGUGUUGGCCUGGAGCAAUAGAUCAUACUACCCAAAUCUGGCCUGUUUGAACAAAAAAUUCAAGUCCUUGAUUGAGAGUGGAGAUUUAUACAAAUUGAGGCGACGACUUGGUGUGGUUGAGCACUGGGUUUAUCUUGCCUGUAUAAUGAUGCCAUGGGAAGCAUUUGAUCCUGUUAGAGAGAGAUGGAUGAGAUUGCCCAGGAUGCCUUGUGAUGAGUGUUUUACUUGUGCAGACAAGGAGUCUCUUGCUGUAGGGACCAAGCUACUUGUCUUUGGCCGCGAGUUAUCAGGAUUUGCAAUUUGGAUGUAUAGCUUGGUUACUCGGGAUUGGUCAAGAUGCGAUCUAAUGAACUGGCCCCGCUGUCUGUUUGGCUCAAGCAGCCUUGGGGAAGUUGCUAUUGUAGCUGGUGGAAGUGACAAGAAUGGUCAUAUUCUAAAAUCUGCUGAGCUUUACAAUUCUGAACUGGGUACCUGGCAAGCUUUGGCAGAUAUGAAUGUCCCUCGCAAACUGUGUUCUGGCUUCUUUAUGGAUGGGAAGUUUUAUGUGAUUGGUGGAAUGUCAAGCCAUACGAAUCGUUUAACUUGUGGUGAAGAAUAUGACAUGGAAAUGGGAACAUGGAGGAGGAUACAGAACAUGUAUCCAGUUUCUGGUGUGGGGAGAGAGCCAGCUAUGUGUUCCCCUCCUCUGGUAGCUGUUGUAAAUAAUCAGCUUUAUUCUGCUGAUCAAGCAACAAAUGAAGUCAAGAAAUAUGACAAAAUCAAUAACUCAUGGGCAGUUGUGAAGAGGUUGCCAGUUAGGGCUGACUCAUCCAAUGGUUGGGGCCUAGCAUUUAAGGCAUGUGGAAACAGCUUGUUAGUGAUCGGAGGACACAGGGGACCUGAAGGGGAAGUUAUUGUGCUGCACUCUUGGGAUCCAAAGGAAGGAAACCAAGAUUGGCGCAUCCUUUCUGUCAGGGAGCGAGCAGGUGCUUUUGUCUACAACUGCGCGGUAAUGGGCUGUUAAUUGCUUCCUCUUUUUUUUCUUUUUCUUUUGUGUCUGUUCUGUUUUUUUAGUGCAAAUCGAUCAUUGACUUGUGGAAAAACCAAAUAAUUUUAUCAAUUGGGACGGUAAAGCAUGUUUUCUCUGGUAUCGUUAAUUUGAAAGUUUUAUGUUGAUAACUUGUGCA